AUGGCGCGGAAACAGAUGUGUUGUAGUACCAGUGUAGUACAAGGGUUGAAGCCAGUGCUGAUGAUGUUGAUGGUUCAGACGGCAUAUACAGGGAUGAAUAUAUUUUACAAACUGGUAGCGGAGGUUGGCAUGAGUUUAACUGUCCUCGUUGCCUACCGUAACAUGUUUUCGGCAGCCCUUAUGCUUCCUCUUGCUCUUAUAUGUGAAAGGAAGAGCAGGCCCAAACUUACCUUAGAUAUACUGCUUCAAGGUUUUCUUUCCGGAUUAUUGGGGGCAACAAUGGCACAAAAUUUUUACAUAGAGAGCUUAGCCUUAACAUCAACAACAUAUGUUGCAGCCUGCAAUAAUCUUGUUCCAGUCAUCACCCUCAUCAUAGCAGUAUGUUUUAGGCUGGAGAGCUUAGCACUUGGAACACAUGCAGGAAGGGCGAAGGUUGCGGGGACACUAGUAUGUAUAGGAGGGACCAUGCUCUUUACGUUCUACAAAGGGAAGCCUAUUGCCAUGUGGUCAACACACUUUAACCUUUUACGUAACCAUUUGCAUGAAAACAGCCACGUGGCAUCACUGCAUAAAAACACUCACACUCAGUUGUUGGGCUCCUUUCUGGCACUCUGCAGUAGUACCUCAUUUGCGUGUUGGUUGAUAUUUCAGACGAAAAUGACGAAGAGAUACCCUUGCCAUUACUCAAGCACUGCUCUAAUGUCUCUCAUGGCAUCAAUUCAGUCUGUAGUAUUUGCGCUUUGCAAGGAGAGGGAUUGGAAUCAAUGGAAGUUGGGUUGGGAUAUCAGACUUCUUGCUGCUCUGUAUACGGGCGUGGUGACGACUGGACUCGUAGUGACUCUAACUGCAUGGUGCGUACGAACGCGAGGGCCGUUGUUUGUGUCAAUUUUCAACCCACUUUGCCUUUUGCUGAUAACCUUUGCUGCGCCCUUUUUGCUGAAUGAAAAGUUAUACGUAGGAAGCAUGUUAGGAGGGCUUCUAGUUGUAUGUGGAUUAUACACAGUGCUUUGGGGUAAAAGCAAGGAGAUGAAGAUGAUGACUCAACUGCCACAACCACCACUUCAAGAUCAGUACUCCCAUUCCAUUGACAUGGCAACAUCUGCAGUUCACACUACUACUUGCGAUAGCAAUGCACGACCAAUCUCAAAUGCUCCAAUGAACAAUGGACUCAAAGAAAACAUUGAGCAUUAA